UUCCACAUCAUUUACAAAAUCCAUAUUACACCAACUGGAUAGCAAGAAAAUACAAUCAGAUCUGAUCUUCAUUAUAUUGCUUACUUGUCCUACAAAACAUCUUCUAUUCCUUUCCUUUCGUAGACACCACCAAACGCGUGUUGGUAUUGUAUUCCAUCUAAUCUUCAAAAAACUUUUCACUCUUUUCCUGCUCCAGCAACUUAGGAAGCCUGAAGUUGAUCUUGGUAUCACCCAGCUCAUGCCCAGAAUACUGUAGAACAGCUGCCACACUAAUAGGUGGUUAAUAGUCUUUAUGCUUCCAUCACACAUAUAACAUUUGUUACAGAAUCGGUAACCUCUCCUUUGCAAAAUAUCUUGGGUAAGACAUUGCUCCUUUUGUACACUAACAACAUAAAACACAUAACCUUGAUUGGGGCCUUUGAUUUCCAUAUCUGUUUCGGGGGGUUUGAACAGGGGAACAGUUGGUUCCUGGUUUGCACUUUAUAACUAGACUAAACAGUGAAUUGUCCAUCUUCAUUUCCGUCAACCCUGUUCUGUCUUAAAAGAAAGAAAGGUGAAAGUUCUCUGAUAUUUCUCCAUAGACCUACGCCAUGAAGUAAAGAACUGCUCUCCUUACACUGUUCAUUUGGUUUCCCAAAACUCUGCUACAAUGAGAUUUCUCUAUGAGGCCUCCCUCCUCGAUAGUCAAUCUCCAAAGCCAUUUCUCUAUUAUGUCUUCUUAAGUUUCUGACAUCGAGACGUUUCUCUUUCUUCCUUUACAUGACUGUGCUCUAUGUCACUAAACUGAAAGUCUCUUUUACCCUGUUGCCCUGCCAUUGAAACUCUUUCCUCACUUUAUCAAUCCUUUUUUCCACCUUCGAGGACAUGUGGAAUAAAGACAUGAUGUAGGCAGGAAAGAGCCUGUUAGUGAAAUGGAGCUAAUGUUUUUUCCAAAAAAAAAAAUCUCAAGGGUCUUUUUUUUUUCUUAUGAAUUAAUAUUUAUUACUUUGACUCAUUAAAAUUUUUAUAGUUAUAGAAAUUCGAGAUGUAUUUAAGAGUCAUUAACUUUCGCAAGGCAAAAAUACUUGCAGAAAAAUUGAAAAUUAUAUAUAGUAUCCACCUGAGAAGGACAGGGCAAAAGAGUCAUCAAGAAUCAUAAGUUUUGGCAAGCUUAAAAGAUGUUUAAGUAUCAUUAUUCUUGUUUCUGAAAUUGUUUCUUCCCUUUUCGGACGAUAUAAGUCUAUUAGGCAGGUUCUAUCUUCUUAUUUGUACCCAUUUUAGAUGUUGGUUUACUUGGGUAUGUGCUUAGGUUCAGUAAUUGCGGUUGGUGUUUUCUGCAGCUCUCGGUUCUAUUGUCAUGUUCAAUUUUCUUAGCGAUGUUGAGUAUGACAUGAUUGUUCAGUUCCCACUGUGUUUAUACUUGGCAGGCAAGUCAAGUGUUCUGCAGAUUGUGGGAAUUAAGCUACUAAGCUUAGUUAGGUGGUCGGGGAUCUAGUAGUAGCGUAUUUGACGUCAAAUCCAGUUCACAUCUUCUAAGCAGAUUUUGAAGAGCGAAAUACUAAAUACUGGACAUAUUUUUCUCCUUAUCAUGUAGAUGUCCAUAGAGAAGCUUAUUAGCAGCAAAAGACAAUAUUCCCUUUGGCAUUGUAUGAUGCCACCUGAGAGCAAAAAGCAUGGCUGUCAAAGCUUACCUACCGAUCGACUUAGCAACCUUCCAGAGAAUGUUAUCAAUUCCAUUCUGAUGCGUUUGUCUUUGCGAAGAGCUGUGAGGACAAGUAUCUUAUCGCAGAAAUGGAGGUAUAAAUGGUGCAAACUUCCACAGUUGACGCUUGAUUAUGAUCUUUGGGUAGAGACAAACGACUUACUAUCUCUUUCUAUUAAGUUUACAAAAAUUAUGUACCACAUUUUGACCCUUCAUUCAGGACCACUUACUAAGUUUACCCUCUCUAUUUCUGCACUGAAAAAGUUUCCUAAGAUUGGCAGUUUGAUAUAUUUCCUCUCUAGGAAUGACAUUCAGGAUCUUGUUCUUGAAUUUUCAAAGUGGAACCUAUACAGAUUGCCACCUUCAUUUUUCACGUGUUCACAGUUGAGGCAUUUGACUCUCCAAAAUUGUGUAAUAUGCCCUCCACCGGCCUUCAAAGGAUUUGAUAUGUUAAAUAGCCUGAACCUGCGUGAUGUCACAAUUUCUUUCAAAUUACUAGAAAGUUUAAUCUCUUCUAGCUCGUUGCUUGGGAAGUUAGUGUUGAAAAUCUCAGAUACUUCAAACCACAUUCAAAUUAACGCUCCCAAUUUGAGAUCCUUCGACUUCACAGGUUGUAUAAAAUAUAUUUCUUUAGGGAAUGUUCCUCUUCUUUCAAAACUCUCUCUAUCGUGCCAAGAAUCUCUUAAGGCAUCAGAAAAAUGUGAUUUUGACAUAUUUUUUCAGUUGCUUCCUGCUCUUGAGCAUCUCUACUUGGAGUGUGGAACUGUUCAGUUCUUGGUUACAGGUGCAGCUGAAGUACCAAGAAGACUUUCCUCUCCUCUUAACAAUCUUAAACGUUUUAAGAUAUCUCUGGGUGGAUUAGUUGAUGUUUCCUUUGCUCUUUGCUUGAUAAGAAGCUCCCCGUAUUUACAAGAUAUUGAAAUCGAGGCAUAUGACCUAGGGUGUGAACCUGUGCCGACGACUAAUAAAGUUGAUGAAGUUUUUGCAAGGUUCUCAGAUGUGACUUUGAAUCACCUGAGGGCAGUUCAACUUGAAGGAGUAGAAGGCAUGGAGCUCGAAUUGCAGCUUAUUAAGCUUCUAUUGACCAAAUCUCCGAUGCUGGUGAGAAUGCUAAUUGAGCCAUCAACAUCUUGUCAUGACUAUGAUAAAAGAAGAGACAAGAUACUAGCAGAGUUAACAACAAUUCAGCCGGCAUCAACUAAAGCUGAAAUAGUUGUAUUUGAUGAGUAUGAAUGUUAUAGAGACACAAUGUGAGGCAGUAUAUGGUUGUAUUUUGCCCAACAGAGAGAAUUUAAUAUCGUAUUUCUUGUUUGUUAUCAUUACAAAGCUAAGCGUUUACAUUUGAUUCCUGUUCUUGAAUGAUCUAUGAAAAUGAGAUUUGAAGCCUA